AAUUAUUGAUUUUGCCAAAAUCAAAAAGUUAACGUCGGAAAUAACUGAAAACAAAAAGAACUUAUAUUUUGAGUUAAUUUUAUGUGCUAUGGAUGUUAUGUCUUAUGUGGAUCUAUAAAACAAACAAAAAUAACAUCACCAUCUCAAUCAUCUUAUUAAUGCCACCCGCUGGCUGUGACUUGACUUUUGUUUGUUGUUUUGUGUAAAUUUUGUGCGUUUUUAUUAAUGUUUUAUUAAUGAAAAUAAUAAUUCUGUUGGAUUUUUCUCAUCCAAUUGAUUGAUUUACAAUUCAUCCAUUAGAAUAUUGUUUAUGACGUUUUUAUAUUUGUGAGUGUUUUAUUCUUUUUGAAAACAACGAUCGGCUGUUAAAGAUUUUUGUUGGUGAAUUCAUGAGUGUUUCAGUUGAAUUUGUUUAAAUUUAAUGUUUGACGAGGUUUAUAUGCGAUUCAAGAAGUUCAGUCGAAGAGAAGUCAGUAAUGAGAAUUACUUUGGCGGUGCUUAUAAGGUUGGCAGCACAUUAAUCAUACCAAAGUUUAACCGCAAUCACCACGCUAGCUAUCCAAAUUUUACUGGAACUUCUUACGAUCCUCCGAUUAUCGUCCAUCAGCAGCAUCAGCAGCACCAGCAACAGCAGCAACAACAACAACCCCAGCUUUCCCAACAACAACAACAACAGCAACCACCACAACAGGUUCCCCCCGUUUGUCAACGAAGUCCGCAACCCUCGCAACAGCAGCAACAACAACAACAACAGCAACAGCAACCACCCACAUCCCAUCUCACAUCACCCCAUCAUCCGCAGCAUACAACAUCCGCGACAGCAGGUCCAGCGAUUUCCGGAUCCGGUGCGAAUCCUCAACAACAGCAACAACAACAACAAACAGCAGCCAGUGUACAACAGCAGCAAAACACAGUGGCGUCCAGCCAAACACAAAUCGUUGCGCCAACAACGGCGAGUGUUUCACCUGCUAGUGUCAGUUCACAACCACCAGAUAUGUCCUUACUUGCAGGCCCACUUCAUAUACCCGCGUUACGGCCACCUUUUGAUGCUGAGGCCUCGGUAAAGAGGCAUCCGCAUCAUCCAUGGGCGUAUGAUAGCGACAAUUUUGGGCAAUACCCGCAAUAUUAUAUAGAAAGAGAUCGUAAGCCUGUGUUUUAUACGUAUCCAGAGCAAUUUCAGACUCCUCCAUACUGGAAUUAUCGUGAUCAAACGUCAUAUCUUCCCGAUGAUCGACAUGCAACCGCAGCAGCUGGUGCUGCUGCACGUCAAUCAGUUGAAGGUGGCUCUCAGUCUAGCUAUGAAGCUCCAACAUAUUCAUCCCCUGGUACAUUAAGAGCAUAUCCACCGGAUGCUUAUACAAGUGCUGGUUCUGGUUUAGCAGUGGGACCAGUUGGCCAAUGCACUCCUCCUAGUGCAAUGGAAUGGACGACUCAGGUUACUGUUCGGAAAAAGCGCAAGCCCUAUUCAAAAUUCCAAACAAUAGAACUUGAAAAGGAAUUUCUGUACAAUGCCUACGUAUCAAAGCAAAAACGAUGGGAAUUAUCUCGAAAUUUAAAUUUAACAGAACGACAGGUAAAAAUAUGGUUCCAAAAUCGUCGAAUGAAAAACAAGAAAAACUCUCAGCGACAAGUAAACCAACAAAACAAUAAUAAUAGUUCAAAUAGCAACCACAACCAUGGCCAGGCCCCACCACAACAUCCCAAUGCCCAUCACUUGAACUUAGGUUUAGGAAUGGGCCAUCAUACGACGAAGAUGCAUCAGUGACCUUUAGAUAACAGCAGUGCAAUGGGAUUUGCAACAUACUAACAUACAACGAAUGCUUAAAAAUCAAUUUAAGACAACAACAAAAAUACGAAACACCCUGUUUGACGAAUUAAAAAAUAAUUAACAAUGAGAGUUAAACUCACUAGAAAAAGAAAAUAUCUUAAAGAAUUAAACAAAAAAAGUAUAAGAAGAAAAUAAACACAAACUCAGUGCAAAUAAUAUAAUUAAUAUUAUUUUAAAAUAUCUUGCAAUAAGCUUAAAAAGAUCUUAAAAACUCAAAAAGAACAUAAAAUCUUACCAAAAAUUCGUCCACUCCAGGUGAAAGUUUAGAAGAAAAAAUCGAUUACAAAUAAAAAUAAGUGCUAGCAAAUCCCAAGCCCAGAUGUACUGCUGAUCAAAAUUUAAAAACAAUUAAAGAAAUAACAAUAAAAAGGGUUAUUUUGAACUUUCAUGAUGAUUUUCUAUCGUCUCUCUCACACUCUCUCUAUCUCUCUCUAAUGAAGGAUUUUAGUUAAUUUUAUAAACAAAAAAAUAAUAACGUGGUACAUAAUUGUUUCGAAUUGUAUAACAAUAGACUUAUAAAUUUAAAUAAACGUGAAAUAAAAUAAAACAAAUAUUAAUUAAUUAAAUAAAAUUAAAAUAAAAACUUAAAUAAUUUGUAAUUAUAAUUUUAAGUUCCUGUAUAUAAUAAGAUAAUUAAAAAUAAAAUGUAUUAUUUAAAUUGGCAAAAUAAAAUUUAAGAAAAAAAAACACAUUUAUAAAUGAAAUUAUUCGACUAGAUUAAGUUUAAAAUAAUAAUUAAAAACACUCAAAAUAAUUAUAUAUCUAAAUUAUAUGUAAAAUUUUGCUUAUCUUAUAAAUUAAUUAAAAAAAAAGUAGCUGUAGUUGUUCAAACAAGUAUUUGUCGCUGUCCAGAUCUUGUAAACACAUUAGUUUUCAUAGUGAUAUAAAAAUUUAAAAAACAAAAAAUAUUAUACCUAACUAUUAUUAAUAUAAAUAUACGUAGGUGUCCAUAAAAUACAUUAUUAUUAAAUAAAAUUAAAUAAAACAUAAAUACAUACAAAAAUAUUAUAAUUGUAAGAUUGUGUGCGUGUUAAUAAAUUGAAGGCUUUGAAAAUAAAAAUAGAAAAAACUAUACAUACAUCAAAAUUUCAUGAAUAAACAUAAACAAAAGAACUUAAGUAAACAGUGAAAAAUUAAAUAAUAAU